AGAAGGGAGGGAGAUACAGCGGUACAGGGUGAGAGUCACAUUACAGCCCAACAGGACGCCUGCAGCAGAGGCGGUAGCAGCGGCGGAGCGGAGCUCAGCUCUCUCUACCUGGUCCUUCAGCCCCGAGCGAUUGAAUUACACCCACUUUGCUAAGAACAGGCGGGGGUUGGAGAGCCAGAGAGAGAGGACUGAGCAGAGAGAGGGUGAGGCUGGCCCGCAGGGGAACUUCGCUGCUCCAGCCUGACCCCGCCUGGGCCAGCGACCCUUCUCGCUGUGGACGGUGGAGCGGAGUCGAAGGCUUUCUCUCCCUCUCCCUCUCCUCUCCUAGCAGUGGAUCAACAGGUGUCCCAGGGACUUAGAAGUAGCCGGCGGUUUAGGAAGGGAGAGGCAGGCAGUCACCGAGUCCGGGGCAAGAAGAAAGUUGCUCCCCCAUUCCUCUUCCUCUGCUCCAACUCCACCUUCUUCCCCUUUGCUCCCGUGGUCGUACAGGAGACGUCUGCACUUGGCUAGUUGGGGUCUUCGGGCGGCUCCGCAAGAGAGGAGGACAGGAAGCUAAUAAGAUCCCCUCCCUUUCAUGCUCCCCCCCAAAAAACAACCCCCAACAGCACCACAAACUUUAGGGAAAGAGAGUAGGGGGGGAGGCGGGAGAGAGAAGGGGAGGCGGUGUCUCUCUCCCCCAGAGAUUCAGACAUGACCGGUCUGGAAGAAGACCAGGAGUUUGACUUUGAUUUCCUUUUCGAGUUUAACCAGGCCGACGAGGGCACCUCCGGGGCUGGCAAAGAACACUAUAACUACACAUCUUCAAAUAUCAAUGCUGGUUUGCCUCUCAAUGUGGCCCAUCCUUCACUGUCAACCCCAUGUCAUGAUCUUCAGACAACCAACCCGGUCAUUUCAGUUGUACCAUCAACAAAUCAUCCCUCUGGAUAUGGAGGCAGUAUUGACAGUGGGACCUCAGGAUAUUAUCUUUCUUCAAAUGUCAGACCUAAUGGAGCCCCAGCGUUAGAAAGUCCUCGGAUUGAGAUAACUUCCUAUUUGGGACUUCAUCAUAACAACAACCAGUUUUUUCAUGAUGCUGAGGUUGAAGAAACGAUACCAAACUCCAAACGAUCUCCUUCUACUGCCACCUUGAAUCUACCAAACAUCGAAGCUUAUAGAGAUCCAUCUUGUCUGAGUCCGGCUAGUAGCUUAUCUUCCCGAAGCUGUAAUUCUGAAGCAUCAUCAUAUGAAUCCAAUUAUUCUUACCCAUAUACAUCUCCUCAGACAUCACCAUGGCAGUCUCCUUGUGUCUCUCCUAAGACCACUGACCCAGAGGAAGGAUUUCCAAGGGGUAUGGUGGCCUGCAACUUGCUGAAUUCUCCAAGGCAUUCUCCAUCUACAUCCCCAAGAACAAGCAUUACAGAGGAAAACUGGCUCAGUACCCGUAACUCCAGGCCAUCUUCUCCUUGCAACAAGAGAAAAUAUAACCUAAAUGGGAGGCAGACAUCUUACUCACCACAUCAUUCACCAACCCCAUCUCCCCAGAAUUCCCCUCGAGUUAGUGUGACAGACGAGACAUGGCUGGGAAACACUAACCAAUACACCAGUUCUGCUAUUGUGGCCGCUAUCAACGCCCUUACCACAGACAGCACAAUAGAUAUGAAUGAUGGAAUUCCUAUAAAGUCCAGGAAAACUGCCCUAGAGCAUACUCCUUCUAUGACACUCAAGAUAGAGCCAGCUGGUGAGGAUCAUGGGACCAUAUCACCCACUUCUGAUUUAUCACCUGAAGAGUUUUCCAGCUUCCAGCAUAUCAGGAAAGGAAACUUCUGUGAUCAGUAUCUUUCAGUGCCACAACAUCCAUACCAGUGGGCCAAACCAAAGCCUCUGUCUCCCACUUCAUAUAUAAGCCCAUCUCUGCCUGCCCUUGAUUGGCAGCUGCCAUCUCACUCAGGACCUUAUGAACUUAGGAUUGAAGUACAGCCCAAAUCCCACCACAGAGCUCAUUACGAGACUGAAGGAAGUCGAGGGGCUGUGAAGGCAUCUGCAGGAGGACACCCUAUUGUACAGCUACAUGGUUACUUAGAAAGUGAGCCGCUCACGCUACAGCUGUUCAUCGGGACGGCAGACGACCGCCUGCUGAGACCACAUGCUUUCUACCAGGUCCACCGGAUAACAGGGAAAACUGUCUCCACCACCAGCCACGAAGCAAUUCUCUCCAACACCAAAGUCCUGGAAAUUCCACUUCUACCAGAAAAUAACAUGCGAGCAAUUAUUGAUUGUGCUGGAAUCCUAAAACUCAGAAACUCAGAUAUUGAACUGCGGAAAGGUGAAACUGACAUUGGAAGAAAGAAUACUCGAGUGAGACUGGUUUUCCGGGUUCAUAUUCCACAAUCUAAUGGCAGAACUCUAUCUCUACAAGUAGCAUCAAAUCCCAUUGAGUGUUCCCAGAGAUCUGCCCAAGAAUUGCCUUUAGUGGAGAAACAAAGCACAGACAGCUAUCCAGUGAUUGGUGGGAAAAAAAUGAUAUUGUCUGGUCACAACUUUCUGCAAGACUCAAAAGUAAUUUUCGUGGAAAAAGCACCAGAUGGUCACCAUGUGUGGGAAAUGGAAGCAAAAACUGACAAAGAAAUGUGCAAGCCAAAUUCACUGGUGGUUGAGAUACCACCUUUUCGCAAUCAGAGAAUUACCAGUCCUGUUCAGGUCAAUUUCUACGUCUGCAAUGGAAAGAGAAAGAGAAGCCAGUACCAGCAUUUCACCUACCUUCCUGCAAAUGGUCUUAGGAGCUCCAUAACUGAAAACUGCAUAGAUGAGGAAACCAAUAUCUCCAAGAUAACAUCUCUGCCUUCCCCACUUCACAUGGAAUUUCCAAUUAUAAAAACAGAACCCACCGAUGACUAUGAGCCUGCUCAAACCUGUGGACCAAUGAACCCAGGAUUAAACCCUCUCUCUAAGCCAUACUACAGUCAGCAGAUCAUGAUGCCUCCUGAUCCUGGUUCUUGCCUUGUGGCUGGCUUCACUUCCUGUCAGCAGAGAAACACUGUGAUGUCAUCCUCUCCCAACUCAAGCCCCAAGCUUCAUGACCUUUCCUCUUCUGCUUACAACAAGUGCAUCACGAAUCCAGGCCACAGCCACCUAGGACUUCAACAGCCCGCUGGAGGUGUCCCCACUAUCCAGGAAGUGCCAAGGUCUAUAGUUGUACACCCAAGCUCUCCCGAUCAAUCAUCUCACAUCAUGCUGCAGCCGCAGUAAAUGAAAUAAUAAGAAACGACCUCUCCAGCACCAAUGUCCACGCAUAGCUUGCUUUGCAAUAUUGGAACUAGUUCAGAAGCCACAUGGUUUCUCUGCAGCUGGCAGGUCAGCUGAAUGAACUGAAUUCAUUACCUGGUACCACUUGGAUCUUCCGACUUUACUGAAGGCUGGGAGCUGAAGAUUUCUGUCAUGUGUUAAAAAAAAAAAAAAGUAGCUCUUUAACUUCAUCAGGAAAAAAUAUUCUGGAGAAAAACAAAGUCAUCUCAAGAAAAAAGGGGGAGGAUGCAUGUGGAGGAAAAAACUGUGUGGUGGCACCUUUUUUGGGAGGAAAUGGGGAUACAACAGAAUGAUAGGUUGGACCCAGGCUUAAUCUUUUUGGCACGGCUGGAAUUCGAUACUGGAAGUGCCUUAUUUUACCAGAUCAUGGCAUCAGAGCAUCUUAGUAGGCUUUGAAUUUGCUACCAUAUGAGUAUUUGUAGGAGUAAAAACUAUCAAAGAUUUCAUUGUUAUGCUUAAUCCUUUUCUAAAUCAAAAGAAUACUGCCCAUGAGGGGUGGUGGGGGGAGAGACUACGAAGUUUCCUGAAUGUACUUCGAACUUUUCCUCUGCUGUAAUUGAUGAUUUCUUGCCUUAUUCAGUGCAUUUCAGAAUCCUUCCAGUUUGUCAUCUCAACUCUUUUAUCAUAGCCUUUUUUUUUCCUGUGCUAGUAAACCAUAGGAUUGUUAAUCAUAGCAUGCUAAGAUUUUUUAUUUUAAUCUAGCUUCAAACAUAGCACAAGUCAGUUAAAUAGCACAAAAUAGAUUGACGGACAAAACAUUUGUUAUCUAUCUAUUACAUGAUAGAUCUUGCAUUUGCAUGUACAUACAUCUAUAGGACAUAUAUUUAUGUAUAACAAAUAAUCGAGUUGGUGAUUGUCAGCCUUCAGCCCAGCAAGGGCACCAAGUUUAGCAAUAAUCAGUAUCCAUUUUAAGAAAUGCAUUUCAGAGUCCAAAUCUGACUUUUCAGCUAAGUCUGUAAGGGGCCAUCAGCCCACCAACAGAUAUGCAUUUUUCUUGCCUCAUGCAGUUAAACAAGCACUUUAGAAAGCCAGGAAAGAUGCAUACCAAGAACAUGUUCUUUACCAAAUGGCAAAAGAUGAAAAUAAGUGUAAAUACCAUUACAAAAGAGUGUAAAAUAUUUGUUCAGUUAUAAGAUUAUUAUUCCACAGAAGCCUUAUAACUCUCUGCUUCAUGAAAGAAAGAUAUUACCAAAAAACAAUGUUUUAAUAUGCAGCGCUGUAUAGGAUAUUUUCAAAUUAGUUCAUGUUAAUGGAGCACCUAAUAGGUUAGCUUAGCCUUUAUUAUUACUGCAUUUUGUACAAUGAACAGCUUAUUCCACAUUAUUACUAGCAGUGACCUAUUAUUUCAUAUAAUUCCAAAAAGAAAAAAAAAAAAAGCAUGGUUUAAUUAACAAAUGUUUAACCUUAAUAUUGUGCCUUAGGAAUUGAUGCCCCCUUAUGGAACAUGCCUGUAUUACACCCUCAGGUGGAGGUUGUAAAUUACUACUUAAAUGCAGUGUCAUCAAAUGGAACAACUUUUUUUGCAGAAAGAAUCACCUUUUCACAUAUUUGUCUGUAUAAUUAUGUCUUACUUUUCUUAAAAAAAAAAUAGAGAACCCAAAAGCCAUAUUUGUAACAUUUGCACAUAACUGUGAAGAGCUGAGAAUAGAAUAUGGCUGUUUGUAGAUACUGGGCAGUUACCACACCUGCUAGCAAGCUAUAUUAUUCCUUACCUGUUUAUUCCCAGUUAUUUACCCAGUACUUAGCAUCAUAAGAGUUGCAUGAAACAUGUUCUGUAGAUGGCCAUUUUAAAGUGAAAACUUGGAUAGUCGUGUAAGCUAUCUUUGUAGUUAGAAAUUAGAUCCAAAUAAAGCAAUCUAUUAUAUAUAUUAUUAUUAUUUGCUGGA